AUGAUCCGCUCAGACAAGUGUCUUGGCUCUAUUCUUGAUACUGACGAGCCGCCGUGCAAAGAAUGUUGGAGCUUUGUGUUUUCGAAUCAAUUCCAGGAAUUUAUAGCCCGAGCAGAGGAGGCUAAGGAGCAUACCCCAUGGGAGCUAUUAACUUCUCAACAGAUGUGCUCGCUUCUUAAGAAAAUGGCAAACACAAUAAACACUCUGCGAACACAGAAUUGCUGUAACGCCAUAUAUCACCUGCUCGGCGAGCACCCAGCAGAUGGAAUAUUCAAUCCCGGAAGCACACUCUUACCUAAAAUUCCCGGAACGAUGAUGGUCGAUAUGUUCAUCUCACUGAAGGAGGAAAACUUCAUGAAGAUUGCAGAAGCCGCUACGCUGAAGAACAGGCAGACUUAUACACUUCCAGGAAGUGAUGACAUCGAGGUGCUGAAGGAGGAUCUAAAGCGAGAAAGAGCGCCAACAGUUAGUGUUGUUGGGCCAACUGGAAAGAAGAGACGGCACGUGACACGAUGUGACUGGAGUGUGCUCAUGUGUUGGUUAGUCGAUGGGAACUUGAUCAAUGUGGAACUUGGAAGAAUCGGCGUUUUGUAUGAAAAGAGAGAAAUUGUGGCCAAGAUCUUGACGGGCGUACUCAAGUUCGCCUUGGGAAACUUGGAGAGACCUUACCAUACGAGAGAACAACUUCCGAAUUCAUCAGCUAUCUGA